CCAGUCUCUUUGAGAAUGUUUUGAAGGUAAUCUCUGUUGAAGGAUGUUAGAUGUCGUUAUAGUUUGUUUCUGCCAAUUGUGAGGAUGUUCUUCGUGGUUAAUAACGAUGUAAUCAUGGGUUAAUACAUGGGUUAAUAGCAACAGUCUAUGUUGUUUUGGCUGCAAAUAUGAGCAUGGCUGGAUUUUAUGAAAGGUUGAUAAGAUGAUGUGAUCAACAUCAUCAUCAUUUAUCAUCAUCAUCAUCGUCACAAAUCUCUUAACACAAUGAAGGCGACUGUGGUCGUUAAUUCUAUGACCAUAGACAUAUUAUUUCUGUGGGGAGAUGAAGUAUUUGCCAAGCAUGUUCACAAAGUUGCAGUGGAAUCAGGAUUUACAAAGGAGAGUUUUCAAGGGUUGGAUAGUAUUGACCUCAGCUCCAUUGCCCAUAUAUUCUCUCCAAUGAUUGCAUCAUUUUCACACAUGAAUGAUCUCGGAAACCCCUACCAGUCAGUUACUUGUCAAGAUGGAACAUUGUUUGUGUUUAGACAGUUUGACAAUCUGACAUUUUUUGCAAUAAGCAACAGUGGGGAGGAAUCAGAGGAGUUCUUGCAGCGAAAGCUAUCAGUUGUUCACAACCUGGCUGUGAUGUAUUUUGGUGCAUCUCUUGAAAUGCUGAAGCCAGAGGUCAGGUCUGCUCGCAAUAGGGUCUGGAAGUCUCUUGGAAGUUUGAUUGACACAUGGGAGGAGCUAUGUUCACAACAGCAGAGCUUUUUAGUUGAGGCUGUGGAGAGAAUCAGUGUGAAUCAGUCGUUGAGCGAGAUGGCGGUCAGCCUCCUGGACUCAGCGCUGUCUGUAUCCAAAAACAAGGGAGAUCAGAAUACCAUGCACACUCUACUUCUCGUGAACUCAAAGCUACUGGCACUUUAUUCAAGUCGCAAUGCAUCUGAGCUCCAAGCAGCGGACAUACUCAUGAUCACGCUGUUUGCUCAAAGUGUGUUUCCACAUACUUCUGCUGUCAUUCCCUAUUCAAGUAAUCGCACACCACCACCCCUUGCCUACCAGACUGUGUGCAAAGGCAGUCCUUCAUCAAUAGACCAAAUUAUAACAAACACAUCAAAUGGCACACCACAUGUCUCAAAUUCAUCAAGGUUAAGAUGGCCAGCCUCCAAGCCCAUCACAAUCUCAAAAUCUAGUCAAGAAGCAGCAGAAAGUCUUAAUUCAUCACUUGAAGAUACAUUCUACUCCCCACCCUCCACUCCCUCAACUGAGGAAUUGUCAACACCACCCUCACUAGAGGCUAUCACACAGGCUUCUGGAGUUUUACAAGAGGAAUAUUUCUCCCCGAGAGCACACACCCCAGAGCACAAGGACAGUCAAAACCAUCGUAAGCAAAGCUUACCAGAGGAGGAGCAUUCUGACAGUUCAUCACAAGACAGUGUACCACCACCUGCCGCUAAUGUACAGGAGUAUUAUCGGCAACCUGGAUUUCUACAUGCUUCAAACUGCCCUUACAUACCACACAUUCUACACUUUGUGUACAUUGCCGAGGGAACUGUGCUUGUUCUUGUCAGUGAGGUGAGGCAUGGGUUUGUUGCUGUGCCGAUUCACCAAGCUCUUGAGGUUCUCUCUCGUCUGGAAGUAUCAAAUGAUGCUGGACUCAGAGGACCUCAGUUUGCACAGGCCACCAUGGACAGACUUGAGUCUUGCAUUAAAAGGAUCUCAGAAAUCCUCAAGGCUUCCUUAGGGACUGCAGUAGACCAGCGUGUACGAAUACUGCGUGACAAUUGGAACUCUGUAAAGCGUGGUGACUUGCAGUGUUUCCUAGCAACCAAUCGAGAGGAGUUACCACCCAACCUUGAGGCUGGUGUCGGCAGGAUGAUUCGCAACCUUAAGUCACUCUUCAGCGUCUUAUACUGCACAGGUCGCGAUCGAGACAGUACCCCCUCUGACAAACACUUGCGCGCGAUCUGCCAGAUCCAGGAAAACCUGAAAACGAGGCUGAGUGACUAUGGGGACUACCUGCAGGUCAAGGGUCAGCGGAAUGUUACCAUGACUGCCUACCUCGAAGACUUCCCUGGUCUUGUUCACUUCAUCUAUGUGGAUCGGUCUAGUGACCAGGUGGUGGCUCCAUCUAUCAACACGAGCCCAGGCAAGGUGCGCUCAUCGCGGGACCCAUGCCACGUGCUCAAGCAGAAGAUCUGGGAUAUGUGGACAUACGCCCACUCAUUCGUCCUGCGAGGGCACACUUUUGUCGCCGUUCGCGAUGGCGACUUCCUCUACACGUACUGCCUGUGGUUCGAAGACUCCUUUGGGAACCCUGCGGUAAUCCAAGGCUCGUUCCCACUCCUCGAAGAGCAGUCUUUAGCGGGAAUAUUGUCUGGGAGUCGCGGGUUUUACAAGGAUUUGAUCCGUCGAUGUUUCCCCGCCGCUCAGCCGGGCCUAAUUCGCUGCUACGAGCUAAUGUGCGUACAUGUCAGUCUAGUCCCUGUCAGGUUUGCCGCGAGGCAUCUUCGCAGACUUUCCUCUGCCCUGUUCGAGACAACCUUAGGCUCUCACUACCCAAUCAGCCUGAUUCAAUAACAAGUAGGAGAGCUCUGUUACAUGGAGAUUCAAUGAAAAUUUCACGAGGUUGUGUGAACGGUAAAGGAAGCCCCCCCCCUACCCCCAUGACUCCUUGCUUCUAGGCCUUUAUGGACCACCAUACCGUUAUUGCUCUUUCCUUUUCUUGACUUAAAAGGGGGUCCCUGUGGACACAGGUAUUCCAGUAUUUGUGCACACAGCCUCUUUCAGGUAGUUUUGAAGAAUGUUAAAUACUUUUUGAAAUUUUUUUUAAUGUGAAAUAUGAAUUUUAGUUUUGUAUUUUUUAUUUGGAGUUAUCUAAGUUAUUGCUGCUUGACUACUCGGUAGGCCGCAGAAGUCUGGGUACCUAAUCGGUAGACCGCGGAGGUCUGGGUACCUACUCUGUAGACUGCGGAGGUCUGGGUACCUACUCGCUAGGCCCCGGAGGUCUGGGUACCUACUCGGUAGGCCGCAGAUAUCUGGGUACCUACUCGGUAGGCCGCAGAUAUCUGGGUACCUACUCGGUAGGCCGCAGAAGUCUGAGUACCUACUCGGUAGGCCGCGGAGGUCUGGGUACCUACUCGGUAGACUGCGGAGGUCUGGGUACCUACUCGGUAGACUGCGGAGGUCUGGGUACCUACUCGGUAGGCCGCGGAGGUCUGGGUACCUAUUCGGUAGGCCGCGGAAGUCUGGGUACCUGAUAUUCGGAUCUGGGUGCAGUCUACAUACGUCUGUAGUUCAUCUGUACACCGACUACAUUUGGCUUUGGAAUACGAAAAAUGCUUACUUUGAGAAAUACAGUAAAAAAAUGGGUUAUGUGAGGAUGAUCUAGUUUGUUUACACUAGGCAAUUUAUAGAAAUGAGUAAACAAACGUGAGAAGAACUCCC